CGAUUACAGAGCAAGACAAGGCCUACAUUUUUAUUGCAGAGAAGUUUUCCCUUUUCAGAUUUAUCCUCUAAUAGUGCUGCUACUAGCCGGUGUCAAUUUCACCGGAGAAAGUUGUGUUUUUUUCGAACGCUAUCCGCUUGACCGACGCUCGCAGAUGUUGCCGGAAAAGUUUUGUGUCAUCUUUCUCUGGAUGUCUUUAGCCUUUGCAUAUGUGUCAUCAGGUAAACUGCGUCGUCAGCAGCGUGACCUCUUGGACUUGGCCGAUAUGUUUGACACACUGACUGGCCUUGACCCCACAGAUUACAUUCCGUAUGGCAACUGGUGUGGUUACGGCGGCCAAGGAAAGCCGGUUGACCAUAUAGACAGCUGCUGUCAAAUACACGAUGAAUGCUAUGGCCAAUCGGAAAAAAAGUGUUCGAAUGUACAAGUUCACGUGGUGCAGUAUGCUUGGAAAAUAAACAAUGCAACAAUUAUCUGCAGUGACGAAGCGAACUGUGAAGCAAGCAUAUGUAAGUGUGAUAAAGAAGUUGUGGAAUGUAUCGCGCAGCACAGUCACACGUACAGUGAAUAUUACAGAUUUAUAAGGAAGUCUAGAUGACCAGCCGCAGUUAAAUUUGAAAACUUUUAUCUUGUAAAUACAUUUCCAGAUCUAAUAUACUACGGAAGCUUUACUUCCAAAGAUUAAAUCCCAAGAAUCAAAAUACUUUAUGUAUCCAAAGUUGAGCAUUAUUUUUAUUUGUAUCACUAAAUUUUUUUUAAAUAAUUGUUUAUCCUGUAGGAAAAAAAUAUUAAAAAGAGUUCACUGUAUUUAAUAGUGUGAAUAAAUUUUGUUGUGUGACUUAAAAUGCCUGUUUGAGAAAAAUAAAAUUAAAAAAAAAUCUGUACGUCCAAACGGGCGUUUUUUUAA